AUGAUUACGCUUGAAGUUAUCAUUCGAGGAAUCGAGGUUCAGCAAAGCAGCUGGCCAGAUGAAGUACUAAAGGCGGUUCUUGACCGUUUCGAGAGGAUGGCUCUUGUGUCGAUCUCUGUAUUGCGAGAAGUUUGUGUGCGCAAUCAACAUUCAAGAACUGAAGAAACAAGCGAAUGCUGCAAUCACCAGUAUUGCAAGUCGUCCAUACUCGUAAGAAGGUACUUGGAGGAGCAAACGAAACGUGUCGAAGUGCAAGAUACGUACUUCGAUCAAAACGCUCUACACGAGUCUAAAGGUUAUCUGAAUGUAAAGGAGAAAUACCUAGUGGUGAUGCAAGAAGCACAAGGAUGUGAGAUGGAUCAGACAAAGUGGACGCAGAAAAUAAUCUCGGAGAAAGGUGACCCGCUUACACUUGGUGCGGUAAACCAAGCGGCGGGUGAAUAUGCCUCAGAGCCCCACAAAGUCAAUGACUGA